AUGGAAAUACCUGAUCGAGUGCAAAAGCCAGAAACACUCCCUUGCCUCAAAGCCUCUUCUUCGUCCCCUCCUCUCCUCCUCUCCUCCUCUCCUUCUCUUUCAAUCAAACACAAGCCAACCACUGAAGAUACAUGCAGCCAUGAAUUCUUCUCCCACAUUUCGUCUCCCCGCCUACGAAGCAAAUCUGUUUCUCCUCUUCCUCCGAUCGGGAUUUUAGGGGGCGAAGCCCUAUAUCUCGCUCUUGAUCCCAUUCCCGUGCCUUCUCCCCAACCUAAGAAAACCCCUUCGCCUUCUCAUCUCUCUUUGAGAUCUUCAACUAACUCUCUUCCUCUUCAAGAACUGUUACUCCUUUCUCCUCCCCUCUUUGACGAUCCAGAACCCGGCUCCUUGAAAGAACGGAAAUGGCGGAAGAAGCCCUUGAGCCGGAAGGCCAUUGAAGACGUUGCAAGAGCAGAGUUGCUUCCAUGGAUCUGCCGGCCUCUCCCUCCCAAGAAACGUAAGGAGAUCUCGGAGGCGAAUGGAGCUAGAGAUCCAAAAGAGAUGGAUGAGGGUCUGUGUGAUAAGGUUGGGAAACCAAGGAGAAGAAAGCAGGAAGCAGCGAUGAAGAUCAAAGUAGCCUAGAUCGUAUUGGACUGCUGAUAUCCGACCUUAUUAUGUGGAAUGAUGCUGCCAGAUCAAGCCUCUGGUUCGGGUUUAAAUCCCUCUGUUUCCUAUCUUCUUGUUUUACAAUAGUAUUGAGCUUUA